AUGUUUACCGCACCUUACCCGCCAUAUGAUCCCACUGACAAGAAUGGCUUCUCGUUUAAGACGGUAGCCGAACGCUGGCCUAUCAUCCUCACCCAAGUUCUCGACGGUGUCUUCCGGGACAAUCACGCGUCGGCCCUCGAAGCGGGCGAUGAGCCUUCCCAAGAUUUCCAUGAGCGUGAAGCCGAGGGGAAGAGGAUCAUCGAGGCACUGAGCAAGUUGAAGUAUGAGAUGGGAAGGGAUCGGGAGUUGCCAGCGAUUCCGGAGGAUGGCGAAGCCAUGGUCGAGACGUACAACGAGGAGCUCGAGAGGCUCAAGGCGGAAGGGAAAGGCACAUGGUUCACUGCGCCGUGGCUUUACGCGGAGUGCUACCUGUACCGACUCUUGCGCUCGUACUUUACGUCUACGAAGUACUGGAAGGACUACGACCCCUUCCGUGCACAGAAGGAGGGCACGUUUCAGGCGAGCGGAACGGCUAUCUAUAAGCUUGCGACUACCAUGCAUGAGCUCGAAGCGGAGAAGGAUGUGCUCGAGUCUGAUCCGGACAAGCUUGAGGUCAUCUUCCGGGAGAUGGUCCAGAUGUGCUUAUGGGGCAAUGCAACUGACCUCUCGCUUCUGACACACAUGUCGCAUGACGAUAUCCAGAAACUCCAAGCUGUCGGGAAGGAAGCUCAAGCGGCACAGAAGGAGUUCAUUCUCAAGGACGAUCAGGACGCCGUGUGGGCUCACAUCAAGGAAUUGAAAGACGCUCGCAUCGACUUUGUUUUGGACAACGCUGGCUUUGAGCUCUUCACCGAUCUCGUUUUUGCGGACUUCUUGGUCACCUAUACGCCAUACGCAUCGAGUGUCGUAUUCCACGGCAAAGCGAUCCCUUGGUUCGUCUCAGAUGUGACCCCGCCAGACUUCGCCGCAACACCAUCAGCUCUCCUGUCGCCGGACUUCUUCCCUCCAACGGAUCCUUCGCCUUCCCAACAGCACCUUCGCACGAUGGUCCUGCGCUGGCAAUCGUACAUUGCCGACGGGACAUUCAAGUUCUCCGUGCCAUAUACAUCACCGUUGGGGUUCUCCGACCCAGUGUUCGACUUCUGGACAAGUCCGUGGCCGUACUGGAACAUGAAAGAAUUGGCGCCCGCACUGUACGAGCAUAUGAAGGGCACUGGGCUUGCCAUCUUCAAGGGCGAUCUAAACUACCGCAAGCUCACCGGUGACGUAGCCUGGCCCUCGUCUACGCCAUUCGAAGAAGCCAUUGGCCCGCUAGCCGGAGCAUUUCCGUUGCUGAGUUUGAGAACAAACAAGGCAGAUGUGGUUGUGGGAGUGAAGAAAGAGAUUGCGGACAAGUUGGACGCGGAUGAGACAGGGUGGAGGGUGAAUGGAAAGUACGCGCUUGUGAGCUUCGUGCCGUCGAAAUAG